CUUGAAGUUAAAGUACCCCUUAUAUUUUCCGGCACAGUGGGUUUUCUGCCACCCAUGAAGGGACGUUAGGAAGGUAGGGGCCUUUCCAAGGUCGGAAGCCUCUACCGAAACACUACACCCGAGGACAGCGAACCUCUACAUUAUCAACCUAUUUUCCCCACUCACUCACUAACUAGGCACAAGCACUAAACCCUUACCAAUGCACUCUCACCUCCCUUUUCUCAAAACAUAUAUGUACUUCCCAGGAUAGUCCGCAGGACCACGAAUCUCCAGUCCCGCAGUUCUGAAAUGGUAGCUCCACCCCCCCUCCGGCUCUUUCCUUGCCUAGCGCCUUUCAGCCUCGGGCUAGAUCGAGCCAGGAAGACUCCCUCACCUAACGAAAUACUCCCUUGCAAAAGUCUCGCGUCCUCGGCUCGGGAUAGACGUAGAUUGAUCUCGCGCAUGGACCCCGAAAGAGGGGAUCGGUCCCAGCGAACUAUGGAGGUGGUAGUUUGCGGGUCCGUGGGUUGUUCUUUGCUUGCGCUUGUAGGAGGGGAGAGGAGGGAGAGAUGGUGGUUUUAUAGUUAGGGUGCC